CAAACCAAGAUGGCGUCCCGCAAUGAAGCAGGAAAUAGAUGUCAGUUUCAUUAAAACUUGUUUCGAGAGAGCCUCCACCGCAGGGUAUUUUCGUGGAGAGGUCUGAAAAGGCUUUUCAGAGACGCGAGACGACGUAGAUACAGACUCUAAAUGGCUUCAAGGAAGUCUGGAUCAGAUAUCCACAACACUGGGCCCAUCAGUUACCUGGACGACGUUCCCUUCAAGCUCAACGACAAGUUCAGGUGUCCAGCCAAAGUGGGUCUGCCUAUCGGAUUCUGUCUCCCGGACUGCGGCACACUGUUUUCUGAGAUUCACUAUGACUUCUCCCUGGAGCAGCGGAGUGUGCGAUGGGGGGAGGAGCUGGCAGAGGCGCGGGCAGCGCAGGAACGGGCGGAGCAGCGAGCGGAGAUGGCCCGCGCCGAGUCCGAGGGUAAAGACCAGCAGGGGGCGCCACAGGACAAAGACAGCGGGCCCGAAGGGGGUCCAUCCCACCCGUCUGACGAACAGGACCCUCCCCCGCCGGCCCUCAACCCGGUGCUGGCCGGCCUGAGGCACAACGCCAUCCUCACCCCCCUGCCGGCCCCCAGCCUGGGGCCCGUGCGCCACCCCAGCCCCCCGCCCCCGCAGAGCCUCAACCUGGCCGACUUCGAGCGCGAGGAGGACCCCUUCGACAAGCUGGAGCUCAAGACGCUGGACGACAAGGAGGAGCUGCGGAGCAUUCUGCAGGUGCAGUCGGCCACCCCGCCGGAGCCGGCGCCCCACUCGCGGAGCUGCACCCCGCCCCCGCCGGCCAAGCCGGCCGUCUUCCACAAGCCCAACGGACUGGUGGCGCUGCUGGACCUGGACCGGCCGGCCGGCGGCCAGAUAGGGCAGCUGGACAGCGACCGGCCCUGCAACAUCCGCUCCCUGACCUUCCCCAAGCUGUCCGACCCCGGGGACUCCCACGAGGAGGCCAGCAGUUACACUCCAGCCCCCGCUCGCACCCUCCCCAAUGGCACGUCCCUCUCUUUGGUGCGGACGCCGCCCCAGAAUAACGACAUCGGUCGCUCCCAGGAGCCACACAACGGAGCACCGAAAGAGCCCAUCUCCCUCCCAGCGGCCACCCAACUCCCCGCCCCGUGUGUGGUGUCGCCCCCUGGGGGUGGAACGGGCCAUUGCGGGGCCCUGCUCAACCUGUCCCCCAGCGAGCGCCAGUGUGUGGAGACGAUCGUGGGCAUGGGCUACUCUUAUGAGGGCGUCCUGAAGGCCAUGCAGAGGCAGGGGCAGAACGUGGAGCAGGUGCUGGACUACCUGUUCAUCCACGGGAGGCUGUGUGAGCGAGGGUUUGAUGCCAGCGCGGUGGAGGAGUGCCUGGAGAUGUACCAGUGCUCUGAAGAGAAGGCCUUGGAGUUCCUGCAGCUGAUGUCUCGGUUCGGGGAGAUGGGCUUCGAGAGGGACACCAUCAAGGAGGUGCUGCUAGUCCACAACAAUGACCAGGACAAGGCACUGGAGGACCUUAUGGCCCGGGCAGCUGCCAGCUGAGACCCGGUACCCUCCCUCCCGCAUCCUCCCUGCGCCCUGACCACACCCCUUCCCGCACACAAACACACGGGACUCCCCCCCCGUUCUCUCUGUCCCAGCACGGACUGACUCAGCAUUGUCACUGCUGCCUGAGAGAGAGAGAGAGAGAGAGAGAGCGAAAGAGAGAGAGAGAAAGAGAGAGACUGGUAGAACCGAGCUUGUCAAAAGGCUGUGGAAAGAGAGGGGGGGGAAAAAACAAAAAAACAAAAACUGUUAUAAUCACGCAAGCUUUCAUAAAGAGGGGUGUGUGGACUAAACAAUGGCAGGGCGGCCCCUGGGGAGUUUGCUCCAUUUUUUGUAGAAUUAAAAGGGGGUGUUGGCUCUCUUGUGGGGCCCUCCCAUUCAUCUGACUGUGACUGUGGAGCUUGCUGUGGAAGACAAGCAUGGACUGGAUUUGGAGAAUGGGAGAAGGUGCGCUGAGACCUCAUGCUAAGGAGAAAACUGACACUCCCUGCUACAAAGCUGCCAUUGAAUGCUGUCGGAACCAGGCCCAGACAGGUCGGGCAGCCAUUUGGACACAUGGACUGAAAUCAGAAACUAACCGUACACACACACACAUACACACAAACGCGGAACGGAAAACUCUGAAGUGCCCUUUCUGUUUCUGUGGCUGGUGUUAUAUUAUCAUUCAAAUCAUAUGUCAUUAUUUGUCUGUCUCUUGGGAGGACAUAGAUGUGUUUUCAUUUCCCUUUAAGGUUCUUUUCUGUGCUUUCUGUUGUAGGAACUGCAUUAACAGAACUAAAACUAGUUCAUAUAAGUGAUAUUAAGAAUAAGGAAAAUUUAACUACUGCGCCUUUGGCUUCUGCACUGGAAUGAACUACAAACUCAAUGAAAAAAGAGUCAGAGAAAAUGUUUUUUUGGAGUUACAGAACUUUGAGAACACACUCACAUACAUG